CUGCAAUUCAUUUCCUCACCUGCCCAACCAUAAAGAUGUCAUUGCUCAUCUCCUUCAUCAGGCACACUGCUCCUCCCUUAAUUUGAUAAAAACCCUAAACCAACUGAAGCAAUUCCACAGUCGGUCACAUCUCUAUUGCUCACAAAUUCUGGGUUUUGUAGCGAACCAGUAAUGGCAUCCAACGCUGAGCUCAAGUCCGACGCCAUUUUCGACCUUAUGAAACAUUUCCUCGAAACCGACGAAGGUAAAAAGGUCGCCAAGAAAGUCAAUCUUGUCUAUCAAUUCAACAUCGCUCCCAAGAAACUUGGGCACGAUGAGGUGGCUUACACCGUUGAUCUCAAGAACGGAGAGGUCAAGAAAGGGGCUGUUGAAGGAAAACCUGAUGCCACCUUUAGCUUCAAGGAUGAAGAUUUUGUGAAGGUUUCCAUGGGCAAGAUGAAUCCCCAGAUUGCCUUUAUGAGGGGUGCCAUGAAGAUCAAGGGCAGUUUGAGCGCGGCACAGAAAUUCACUCCUGACAUUUUCCCGAAGCCUUCAAAGAUGUGAGCAUAUGUUAAACGGACGAUCCAUAUUAGGACUGUUAUAAGUUGUUGGUAACACUGCAUUUAAAUGUCAACUUUAAUCUAUGUAUUAGAAAAGUAUGAGUAGUUGGAAGGCAUCCAACAUCUGUCACUGAAAUUCGAUCGGAAACACGUUUCCGGAUGUAUCAUUGUACUAGUGAGGGCCUGGAAUUAUGAAGUUUAACAAUCCUCCUUUUGAAUCAGUUUGAAAUUGUUUGUUUCUUCGGUUUUUUUAAUCAUGUUACCUUUCA